CUUCACAUAUCUAAAACAUCCAAAUCCUCUCACACUCAUUUUAUUUUUUCCAACCAGCCUAGAGAGCAUUAGCAUUAGCACUAGCACUAGUCGCAACCAUGGCUUCCGCCGCAUGUUUCUUGCACCACCACGCACUCACCACCAAUGGCAGAUCAUCAUCAUUAUCGCCGUCGCUGCGCCAGGUUUCAAACAUGAAGCCUAACCAGCAGGUGGUGUGCAAGGCUCAGAAGCAGGAAGAUGAUGGAAGCCUUGUGUCCCGUAGGUUGGCUCUCACUGUACUCAUUGGUGCUGCCGCUGUUGGCUCUAAGGUUUCUCCUGCUGAUGCUGCCUAUGGUGAAGCUGCAAAUGUAUUUGGAAAGCCAAAAACAGACACAGAAUUCAUGCCAUACAAUGGGGAUGGAUUCAAGCUGUCGAUACCAUCGAAAUGGAACCCAAGCAAAGAGGUGGAGUUCCCAGGUCAAGUGCUGAGGUAUGAGGACAACUUCGACACCACCAGCAAUUUGAGCGUCAUGAUCACUCCCACCGACAAGAAGUCCAUCACCGACUACGGUUCCCCUGAGGAGUUCCUCUCUUCGGUGGAUUAUCUUCUUGGAAAACAAGCUUACUUUGGUAAAACCGAUUCUGAGGGUGGUUUUGACUCCGGUGCGGUGGCGACCGCAAACAUAUUGGAGAGUUCAAGUUCAACAGUCGGCGGGAAGCCGUACUACUUCUUGUCAGUGUUGACAAGAACCGCCGACGGAGACGAAGGUGGGAAGCACCAGCUAAUAACAGCCACCGUCAACAACGGCAAGCUUUACAUUUGCAAGGCACAAGCUGGGGACAAGAGGUGGUUCAAGGGAGCUAGAAAGUUUGUGGAGAGUGCUGCUAGUUCCUUCAGUGUUGCUUAAACAAAGCUUAAACAUGGAAGAGGGAUUUUAUGGAAACUUGUGGAUGUUGAAUAUUAACUUCUGGUCGGACCAAUCAUUCUCAAAAUAAUGCCUCAUGUUUUGAUUUUAAUUAUUAA